AUGCAAAACCAAGAAGCUUUCUAUGGCUACUAUUACAACGUCCAAAACAGUGGCGGAGCAGUCUUCAUGGCUGUCGUCUUCCUCGUCCUCACCCUAUGUCAUUUCUGGAAAGUCUUCACCACCCAGAACUGGUUCGGUCUCGCCAUCGUGAGUGGGGGAAUCUUCGAAUUCGUGGGUCUCUCGGCACGAGCCUGCUCUCAUAGCACACCCACCGUCAGAGCGCCCUUCGACAUUCAAGUCGUAUUCAUCUUCCUCGCACCCAUGUUCUUCGCCGCAUCCAUGCAUUUAUUCCUUGAUGGAAUGAUCCUCGCCUCACGACACAGAUUUCUCUCCUUAAUCAAACCGACCUGGUUCCUCCCAAUCUCUUGCGUCGGCGACAUGCUCUCAUCCAUCCUCCAAGCCGUCGGUGUCGCUCACCUCGUGAAAGCAAAAACACGAAGCGCAGCCACCGUAGCAAGAUAG